AUGUUAAGAUGCUUCACAUUCUCCCGCACUUUCCCCACCAAUGUGCAGCUUCUCGUCCCCAAGAGGAUUCUUAGCUUUACUGUAAAGAUUCUGCAAGCCAAUAAUGAGAUUGGGACGUCGAAGGUUCGGUCUGUGAAGGUCCCAAGAGGUUCUUUGAGUGCAGCGAAGAACCUCAGAAGGAGCUUCCUUCCCAACAAAAAGGGGACACAUUCUCAAAUGGUAGUAAAUAAUCCCAAUACCAACAAACUGGCGUAUUUUUUGAAAACAAAGCCCUGCACGACAGUAACUACCAGCGAGUCUUAUGACCUUAACAAAGUAAUAAGUAGCUUGAAUGCUUCAGGCUAUCAUGCGAUUAGCUUGGUCCCAGAUGAAAUCAUCACGUUCAAGUACUUCUACAACGGAUGCCAUUCUGACAUAAUGGUGCUAGGCAACAGUGGAACUGUCGUUGCCUGGGGUCUUGAAGAGUCUUUUGUUUUCGAGAAUAUAUUGCCAUUGAUUGAACACGGCCGAGUGAAUCCCUUAACUGAGGAAUGUGUGGAGAGCGAGGACUUGGACUUUCUUCAGGUUGAAAAUGCCGAGGACUUGGAAAAAGUGCGUCAAAUUACGAACAGAAGCGCUCCGGAAAGUUUUGUGGAAGGCGAUCUUAUCAUUGUCAAUGCAAUCGAUUCGGAUCUUGGACUGCUUGAUAAAGCGGCCUUCUCGAGCGGAAUGUCUCGCAGCACUAGACUGGCUGUUUUAGAGCACUUACUAGAGGCUCAUAUAGAAAAAAGCAGAAAGUUCACAGAAUUGCUGUCCCAGGGAAAGAAGCUAAGUUUAACUGAGUCAGAAGUCCUGCAGUCAACAGGAAGCUUGUUUCUAAUCAGGGGCAAACUUAACUUGUAUUCGGAGCUUAUUGAGACUCCCGACCUGUACUGGAGUGAGCCUCAGCUUGAGAGAAUUUACAAACAGAUGUCAAGGAGCCUUGACAUUCAGCCUAGGAUCAGCAUUCUGAACACCAAAUUGGACUACGCUACUGAGGAAUCAAGAGCUUUUAUGGCAGUCUUGAACGAAAAAAAAAGCACCCAUCUGGAAUGGAUAAUCAUAUACCUGAUAACUGUUGAGGUGUUCUUUGAACUGCACCAUUACUAUGAGAGAUACUGGGUAGAUUCUAAGGAAGACUGCGUACGCACUACCAGCUAA